AUGCAAUUGUUGGAUUUGAAAACCAAAGAUUUGUGGAGUGGCAAGUUCACAGAACUCAAGAGUAAGUUGGAAGAGUUGGAGGUCAAGAAAUGCAUGCACAUCGCGCAGCACAAGUGGACAGCUCUGAAAGAAAUGCCGCACGUUGAGACCCUCAUAUUCGACGCAUGGAAUAGUCUUCCAGAAUGCUACGGUGAGAAUGCCCCCCCCCCCCCAGCCACUCCGACUUUCAAAAAGAAAGUCGUUCCUCCCCUUCCUACUCCUACUCCCUCCUGCUCCUACUCCACUUCUGCUGACGAAGUGGAUUCUUUUCUAAAGGAAAUACGUAAGUAUUACUUCUCCCCGACUUCUCUCUCCUCCUCCUCAAUAGUAACCAUACCAGCGACGACGACGACGGCGACGACGACAACGACGGUGGCAGCGACGACGGCGUCAAGGUGGAGAAAUCAAUUCCAGAAAUCAUCAAGAAAACCCCAGGGUGAGCAGACGUCUUCGAUUGCCGCAAAGUUAUGGCCAACUAGUAGCAGUAGUAGUUCUACUGCUAGUACGACGGCGACGACAACAAUGACGGCAGCGACGACGACGACGUCGGCGACAUGGAGAAAUCCAUUCCUGAAAUCAUCAAGGAAUCCCCAGAGUGAGCGGACGUCUUCGAUUGCCGCAAAUUUAUUGCCAACUAGUAGCAGUAGUAGUUCUACUGCUAGUAGUAGUAGUACUUCUACUGCUAGGCCAUCGAGGCCGGCGUAUAAUCCACCACCGUCUUCGCAUUCCAAAACCAGGUAUACUAAGGCGAUGGACAAGGCGCUAGUGGAUUUUGCGGCGCUACAUACUGGCGAAUUGGCCGGCAUUAAAUUUUAUAACGAUGCUGUCAAAAAAGUACCGCUGCUGUCGAAAUGCAGACUUUUCGGCUUGAAGAGGCAUCUAAUAACUUUGACCAAGCAAAAGCAACUGACAGUUCUGGGCAUUCCGAAUGACGUGGCGAAAAUCCCUUUUUCUGCUUUCAUGGAUGAUCCGGAUGAUCACAGAAAUAUCACUGACACUCAGAUAGGCCUUCUCUGUGCAGCGUGGCUGAUAUCUAAACAAUAA